AUGUCUUCCCAACCUCCUCACCCGGCCCUGCUCAUUCCCGGGCCAAUUGAGUUCGAUGACGCUGUUCUCCAGUCCAUGAGCCACUACAGUGAGAGCCACGUCGGCCCAGGCUUUGUCGCGACCUUCGGAGAGACAUUGACUCAGCUGCGUCAGCUGUUCCAAUCCACCGACCCUGCCGCUCAACCCUUUAUCAUCUCCGGCUCAGGCACCUUGGGCUGGGAUCUCGUUGCCGCCAACCUUGUCGAGGCUGGCGAGAGCGCUCUUGUCCUGAGCACGGGCUACUUCGGCGAUGGGUUCGCCGACUGCCUUCGAACAUACGGCGCAGACGUUACCAAGAUCGAUGGUCCUGUCGGAGGGCGCCCCUCAUUAGAAGAGGUUGAGGCCGCUCUUUCAAAGAAGAAGUACAAGAUCCUGACUGUUACCCACGUCGACACCUCCACCGGCGUUCUCAGUGAGCUUAAGAACCUCACUGCAACCGUCAAGCGAGUCUCCCCCGAGACCCUGGUCAUUGUCGAUGGAGUGUGCAGUGUAGCUUGCGAGGAGAUCGCAUUCGACUCCUGGGGCCUGGAUGGUGUUGUCACAGCCAGCCAAAAGGCUAUCGGCUGCCCCGCCGGUCUGUCCAUCUCCUUCUUCAGCGCAAAGGCCAUCGAGGCCUUCAACAGCCGCAAAACCCCUCCUGCCUCUUACUUUGCUUCUUUCAAGAACUGGGCACCAAUCAUGAGGAACUACGAGGCUAAGAAGCCAUCCUACUUCGCCACGCCCUCGCCCCAGCUCAUCCACGCCCUCAACACCGCACUGUCACAGAUCCUGACUAGGCCACUGGCCGAGCGUUUCCAAAAACAUGCCGAGGUUUCGGAUCGUGUCAAGAAGGCUGUCAAGGAUCUCGGCCUCGAGGUUGUGGCUACCAAGCCCGAGGACCAGGCACACGCCAUGACGGCUAUUUACCUGCCCGAGAAUGUGACGAUCCCCGAUAUUCUGCCGAAGCUGUCCACCAAGGGCGUCAUCUUUGCUGGUGGCAUUCAUAAGGCUAUUGCUACCAAGUACAUCCGCUUUGGGCACAUGGGUGUCAGCGCCCUGGACCCGAACCGCAAGGACAUCGACCUGGCGCUCGAUGCGCUGCGAUCGGGCCUGUCAGAGUGUGGGUAUCAGAAGGCAUAG